GCUCAGGCCGCACGCCCCCAUCUCUACCUCGUCGCGAACGUACCUCCCCUGACGCAGUGUGCCCCCGGGAGACGACGACCAUGUCGCUCAAGGCGCUGCUCUACGCGUACGUCCUCGGAGGAAUCACGUUUAUCCCGCUCCUCAUCCUGGGAGCCAUAUUCUACACGGUCUACACCGCGGUCCCGGUAGAAGAAGCUCAGGUCCAAAAGGCCGAAAAACCAGACGAGGCGUCCGAAACACCCGACCUCCCUUCAACCACUGCAGCACCGUCCCCAUCCGAUGUUAAUGACGCGCCGAGGGUGCGCAAGAGCUGGCUCACCGUCCGCAGAACAUUCGAGGAACAACCCUCGGACUCGUCCUACGUUGACAUGGUGCGUGGCUUUCUGGACUCACGCUCCAAGGAUGCGCGUCGCUCGCGCCCGAAGGACAUGUGGUACACCGUCCUCAAAGGGAAGGUGCUCUAUCUAUACGAGGACGAGAGCAUGACCGAAUGCGAGGCUGCGAUCGAACUCAGUGGGCACGACGUCGUAAUCUACCCGGAGGGCUUGCUGGAUGGCGAGCUGUUCUCACGCAGGAACGCGAUCUGCCUCAAGCCGAAGAUACCACCUCCGGACAAGGAGAUGCCCAGCGUGACGAAGGAGAUGAAACUCGACGGAGAGAAUGUUGAGGAGAAGCUCGAGGAAAGCAGCGGGACCUCGAAGUCCAAGCAGCGGCAACGUGAGCAGAUAUUGGAGGCUGAGAGGCGGCGCGAGGAGGCGCGGGACCAGGCGCUGGACGUGUCGACACCAUGGUUCAUAUUCGUCAAGAACGUCAUGGACAUGGAGGACUGGUACCACGCGUUCGUACACGCAUCGGACAACCCAGCGAACUCAGGCACAUUGGCACCCCUCGAGGUGGUCUUCCAACCGGAGGACAUGUCGCACCUCGUAUCAACGCUGGACGAACAGCCGGAUGUUAUCCCAAUGCGAUGGCUGAACGCACUCUUGGGCCGCAUAUUUUUCAGCUACUACCGUACGCAGACGCUGGAGUCGUACAUCAUCGGACGUCUCAUGAAGAAGAUCUCGAAGGUGAAGAAGCCAAGCUUCCUCACGGACAUCAACGUCAAGGAGGUGUCUGUCGGGAACAAGGCACCGACGCUCAGCAAGCCUAUGCUCAAGGAGCUCACAAAGGAGGGCGAUGCCUCCUUCGAGGUUCACCUGCAGUACAAGGGAGAAAUCCGCAUCACGGUGGAGGCCACUGCGAUCAUCAACCUCGGAGCUCGGUUCAAAACAUACACCGUAAAGCUUGUGUUGGCUCUGGUCGUGCGGGAGGUGGAGGGCAACCUGCUCGUGAAAGUCAAGCGGCCACCGAGCAGUCGGAUCUGGUACGCAUUCACGCAGAUGCCGAGAAUGGUCAUGAAUGUCGAGCCUGUCGUGAGUGACCGACAAAUCACUUGGGGCAUGAUUCUCAGCACCAUCGAGUCCAAAGUACGAGAAGUGAUCCAGGAGUCUGUGGUACUACCAAACAUGGACGACAUCUCGUUCUUUGAGAGCAUGAAUUAUCUGCACCGCGGAGGCAUCUGGGCAGAUGCUUCGCGUACGCACGUCGAAUCGUCCUACGGCCAAGAGCCCGAAGCUGCCGAUGACACGAAGUCUACUGUCUCUGCGUCUGGUGCAGAGCUGCCGAAGCCUAUGCCGACAGACCCUGAGCAUCCUCCCGUACAACGUUUUCAUUCUGCUGAGGAGGCGAAGACCGAAGCGAAGAUUGUGAACGAUCCUCAAGACAUCUUCAUGGACCUCCGCCGGACCGCUACGGCUGUCAGUUUGCCUAGCUCGCCCGCGGCGAAUUUGUCGUCUGACAGUCGGCGCCGUACAUGGCUGGGCGCGUCAAACGAGGACGAUGCGGAAGGAUCGAAAAGCGACAAUCUGGACGACUCGGAUCAACGGGGGAGGACUCCAGAGUCUGAGCACACCCUGACACGGAGGUCGAGCUCGACACCAGUUGCGUCGUCUGAGGAUACUACACCACAGCCAUCCGAGGCACAGCAACUGCGGGAAGACUACCUGGCUCCGAGCGUCAGUCGUCGCUCGUCGUCACAGCACUCGCAAGCAUCUUCGCGGGGAACAUCUACCUCUGCGACUGACGAUGAGUCCGUGGGAGCUACUGGCCGCAGCAACACCACCAGCUCGACGGCUGCGUUCCUACAGACGCUGAAGUCGCGCGCAGGUGACAAGCAGGCGUUGAGCAAUACUGCCAAGGAGGCGAUGCGCAAGUGGGGUGUCAACUGGAGCGGGCUGCGGAAGGACAGCACGAACAGCACGACCAACGAGGAAGUCGCGGACGGCGCGAGCGCUCCUCAGAACGAGACCCGGCUCCGCGCGAACUCGGCAGCGCACAGGGCACGUCCGAGCUAUGCGGAGGUGCGGGCAGCGGUGGAGCAGCGGAGGCAGCAGGACGGAUCGCUGGGCUCGGACUUGCGCACUGACCCCGUUUCGAUACCUCAAGGUGAGAAGGGCAAGGAGCGGGCACGCAGUGUCUCGCCGUCGCCGGUAGGCGGUGGCAGCAGCAGCAAUAGCAGCAGUAGCGGCUCGCCCUACCUCGCGCCUCCCCAACCCACCUCGCCGAAACCCGAGUCCCGCUCGUCCUCACCGACCUUCCCCCUCGAGCGGACAACCUCGGGGCGCUCCCAGCGCGACGGCGUGCCGGGGCUCAUGGCCGACGAGUCGGAGGACCGCCCGCCCGCGCGGAUCCACACGCAGCCGCCGCAGGCGAAGACGAUGACCAUCCCCGGGAUCCACGCGAGCCACCGCGGGGAGGUGAUGUCGAUGGGCUACGCGCCGCCCCCGCCCGCGUCGGCGCCGGAGCGAAGAAGCCCGCGAUACAGAGUCCCGCCGGUGACGCAGACGCAGACGGGCUUUGCUGGGAAUGACCAGGACGCGGCUGCGACCCCCACGGCCAUCGCGACCCCCACGGCUAUUGCGUCUGCGCCUGUGUCGACCUCAACGUCGGACGCGCAGGCGCAGCCGGAGGUCGUCUCGCCGAAACCGGUCCCGCCGCCCCUGCCACCGCGCUCGAUCUCGGUCACGUUGGGCAGGGCGUCCGGGGGCGGGGCGGCUGCGGUACAAAGCGCGAACGCGUCGGCUGCGUCGGCUGCGCUGCAGUCCAUCGUGUCGAAGGACAGGAGCAAGCGUGCGUCGCUGGAGCCUGCUCUACCGGGGCCGUCGAUAGGAUCCAGCGCCGGCGAGGACGGGUUCGGCGCGAGCGCGAGUGCCUCUCCACCUUUGAGCCCUACGCCGGGCGGUGAGAGUGGGGACGGACAGUCAUCGCCUAGCACGCCGAAACCGAGCCCCAAGCCACCUGCCCUGCCGCCGCGACGCCCGCCCGCUGCACCCGCCGCGCCUGCAUAGUCGUGCGGUCGCGUACCGUGUGUCGUGUGCUGUCUUCUUGUCAAUGGAUUUGAGUCGGACUCGGAUUGCUAUCGAUUCGUAUACGUGUUACAGUUCCAUCCCAUCUCAUCCCACUCUAUCGCAUUCAUCUAUAUUAUCUCGCUGCAUUCGAUCGCACUCUGUACUCUUACACGCAUCGUAUUCUCUGGAUAUCUAUACUACUCUC